AUGAUUCUGAAGCAGAGGUCCUCCUCCACGCCAGCCACUCCUGAGCGAAGUCCUCCCACACGCCAGCCGACUCCUGAAGCAGAGGUCCUCCCACACGCCAGCCACUCCCCUGAAGCAGAGGUCCUCCUACCGCCAGCCACUCUGAAGCAGAGAUCCUCCCACACGCCAGCCACUCCUGAAGCAAGUCCUCCCACACGCCAGCCACUCCUGAAGCAGAAGUCUCCUACCCAGCCACUCCUGAAGCAGAGAAGUCCUCCUACACGCCAGCCGACUCCUGGGCCAGAAGUCCUCCCACACGCCAGCCGACUCCUGAAGCAGAAGUCCUCCCCUACACGCCAGCCACUCUUGAAGCAGAGAUCCUCCUACAAGCCAGGCAUUCCUGAAGCAGAAGGUCCUCCCACACCAGCCACUCUUGCCAGGCAGAAGUCCUCCUACACGCCAGCCACUCUUGAAGCAGAAGUCCUCCCACGCCAGCCACUCUUAAGCAGAAGUCCUCCCCACACGCCAGCCACUCCUGUGGAGGUCCUCCUACACCAGCCACUCUUGAAGCAGAAGUCCUCCCACACGCCAGCCACUCCUGAAGCAAGUCCUCCCACGCCAGCCACUCUGAAGCAGAAGUCCUCCUACACGCCAGCCACCCUGGAGAAGUCCUCCUACACGCAGCCACUCUUGAAGCAGAAGUCCUCCCUACGCCAGCCACUCCUGAAGCAGAAGUCCUCCUACACGCCAGCCACUCCUGAAGCAGAAGUCCUCCUACACGCCAGCCACUCUUGA